UACGCUUCUGAGAUCGUGAGCACACAUGAGGUUAUGGAUGACGAUGAGCACGACGCUGAAUACUAUUGCGCUGCCAUAGAGGGUAUCCCUGAUGAGGAAAUCGAUGAGUCUGAUGAGGACAUCGAUGAAUAUGAGGAGGCUGAAUAUGAUGAGGACGACACCCAAUGGAGAGGCACGGACAGUGAGACAAAUUGCCCAGGAAAGAACUACUCCAAGGAAGAAGUAGGUGAAAUAGUGGACAAAUGGCUUUACAGUUUUACAAGACAGUUUGAUGAGUGCUUGAAAGUGCGUAAGGUAAUUCUAGCCCGGGGUGAUAAGAAUGCUCGUCUUCCUACUUAUCCUUUGAAAGUGCUACCUGAGGUAACACAUGAAUGCAUUGACGGGCGCUGCUACCACCGUGAAUACAUGACCCAUGAUACUUCCACGACUGCAUCAAUUCUUGGGUAUCGCAAGCCAAAAUCCAUGCUACAGGUGUUCUCUUUGCGUUUGGCAAGCUAUGAAUCUUAUCCCGUUAGUGUUUAUGGAAUAUUUGCUGUUAGAGACGAUUUGGAACCGCGGCGGAAUCUAAUCUUUAACUGUCCCAGAGAUGCUGCUGUCACGAUUGACAAGGAUUUCUUCACAUUACCUCUUUGUAGCCCUUCUCGAGGGAUGCAUGUACUGGAUCAUGCAUUACUGGAAGUUGAUCUUUGGGUAAAGAAGGACGGAGAUGGAUCAGCUGACAAAAAGUUGCUCUCUGCGUACGUUGAGAUUUAUGUCCAGGCACGGUUUGAUCUAAUGCGAACAGGACAGAUUUCUAGUGACAGUUGCAGCCUGGAGAUAGAUUACAUGUUCCUUUCCUCGAGUGUUGAGGCUGUAAUACAAGUCUACUCAAAGGUUGACCAUCCUCAUCAUUUGAGAUUCACGGCUUUCAGCAGUGGCUUUGAUCAUGAGAUUGUGCUGUUUGGUGACAAAUGUGUUGGGAAUGGUAACAUAAACCAGCAUGUGGUUGUGGUGAAGCAGAAGGGAAAACUGGAAAUUUGCUUGAAGCUGGAGAAACAUGUGUUUCAGUGGACUUUUCAGGAUGGGGUGGCUGGAACCAUUAGUUCUCCGGGUAACUCGGUCUUUGAGUAUGGCCAGUUUUUUGUGAGGGUGUUAUUUGCUCCAAAGAACACACAGGCUAGGCCAAAGAGGCCUUCGUUUGCCUGAAGCUUAAAGGAGAACAUGUGCAGAAGUCUCUAAUUUAGUAAGCGCUAACGUUAAGGUUUAAUUUCCCUUAAGAUCUCGGUUUAAAACAUGAUAUGUGUGAGGUCGGACAUGUCUGCUGUCCUUUAUUUUUAUCGAACUUGUGUUGCUGAGAGUUGAAACUGCCUUGAAAAUGUUAAUGUACUGUACUUGCUUGA